AAUGAAGAAGAGGAAAUUUCAAUGUGUCAGUUCCUGUUGUAAAGCGAGAUUAAAAGAACACGUCAGACACACAAGCUCCUCAGUGGGGCAACAGCUGUGUGACAGUCCAGACAACACACAUGAAGACAGCAAGAUAGGAGGGCAGCCCAGAAAACUAGAGUUCCACUGCACACUUCACUGAGUUGGAGGUGGUGCACCAGACAGGAGAAUGAGUGUUCCUGCCUGCGUUUUGCUGCUCCUCAGUGUGACAGGAGCAGAGAUUAAUAAUACAACUGAUCAGUUAAGCAUUUCAACACCUUCUACAUCUGAAGGACAAACAUCAGCUCUACCCUCAACACAUCCUGCAUGUGAAUGUAACCAUACAAAAUCGACAAAUUCACCCAGCAGUACUCAUUUAAAUUCCACAAAAAUUCCUCAGCAGACACAUACUCUGCAAUGCGGCAAUCAACCGAAGACACAUACGCUACAAACUCUGCAAUCUACUGAAACUGAUGCGGCUAAAGGAACACAAAGGUGGAUCUUGCCUGCCGCCUUCAUGGUUGGAGCCCUUUCUUCUUCCAUCCUCUUCAGUGCAUUCUUCUUUGUGAUUUGCUUAAUCCAAAGAUUAAAACAACAGAAUUUGAAAGUUCAAGAUGAGGAGCAAAAUGAAAAUCUGAAGAUAAUAACAAAAAAUGAUGAACAGCUGCUCGAUGCAGAAGAGGUGAACCAGGAGGAGCAGGUACUUAAUGAGGAGCCACCCUUAGAUGAGAGCAGAGAGGCCCUGGCUGCAGCAGACAAACGGACCAGUGGCAUGGACACUGUGGCCAAAGAAGUGGACUAUGCCACCAUUGACUACUCCUUGCUGAAAGAGCGAGAAGAAGCUAAAGGUGUGGAGAAGAUCAGGGAGCCAGAGUAUGCUGAAAUCAAGCAGGAGGAGGUGAGAAAAGAGGUACAGAAGGAACCCCUGACAGCAGAGGAAAAGAAGCUGAAUGAAGAGAUCCAGGAGCUGGCUGGACAAGAAGUAGUGUAGCCUCAGAAAAUAGAGGCACAUGAAAAAAAGCAGACAGAAAAUAUGACAGUAAUUGUGUGCAGUUAUGAAAACUAUUUCUGCGGUGAAUGCAGUUUAUGAACCAGUGUAAAGUACACUCUUGACAUCACUGUGAGUAAUGUGAUGUUUUAGCAGACCAGGGGCAAAUUUAGUGAAGUCAUUAUAUAUAAAUCUAGUCUAAAUGGUGAAGUUCCUUUUUCUGUGGGCAUCCAAAAGUUUGUUCUAGAUGCAUUUUCACAGGGAAGAACAGCAAAGGAAAGAAAAAUUUGCAGAGUACUUGAAGAAAUGUAACACACAGUUCAUACUUACUUUUAGAGCGCUGCUAGUACACUCUUUGAAAGAUUGAAGUGAAAGAUGUCAGGCACGAUGGUGAAUGUCUCUGAAACUUACUGUGGUCCUCCACAAGAACGAGUGACUUUUUAGCAGGCUGCUACAAUCUUCAAAUGAAAUUAAGUUAAACAGCACCAAAUUCAUCCUUUUUUGUGAAGCUCAGGGGCAUUUAAAAUGGUUUCUUUCCAAACAUUUUGUGUUUCAUAAUAUUAGUGAAUCUUAGUAAAUAAGCAAUAUUAGUAAAAACAAGGUUAAAAAACAGAUAUGCUUCAGUUCUACAUGCAUGCAGUUUUGCAAAGUGCAGAAAGGAACUGAAAGUAGAGGACUGAAACUUCAGCAUUUUCACUGAGAAAUAUCAGUGCUUGGUGUCUACAGAUAACAGCAUUUUUUUAAAUUGGAAUUUAAAAGUUUUUAUUUUCAGUUAAU